UGUAAUUUUCUUUUUCAACACCUCGCGCUCAUAUUGGGUCGUCAGCUGCCGGGCGGCUGGUCUUUUUUGUUUUUGUGUGCAGUCGUUUAUUGUAGUCGCUAAGCCAUGUCUGUAGACACUCCCCACUACUAUAUAUCGUCUUGUUUGCCAUAGUAUUGGCGUAGUGUGGUCUGGCCAAACUGGUUUGGUUCGUUUAGUAAAUCUCUGACUCUUUUCUCGGCUCUCUCUUUGAAGUUUCGCCGUUUCAGAGGGAUGAUACAUCGGCAUGGCGGUGAUUGGGAGAGAGCACGGGGGCAAUGAUGUGAGUGAUUAUAUUUUGAUUGCAUUGCUCACUGUGGUUGGUUGUACUGCAUUGCUCACUUAGUACAAUAACCGACACGCCGUCUGUUAGUAUGCUGUAAGAGUGAUUUUGUUUUAUGUGAGUCGGGUUCUUCGUUUGUUUUGCUUCGGGUCUGUCGUUAUCUUCGCUUCAACCUCACUGCAAAGUUGCCACUGCUGCUCACGUAUUCGUAUUCAGCUUUAGAUGGUAAUUCGCCAGACCGGUCAAACAUUGGAGAGCGCUUUUACAUUCUGUGUUGUUGUGCUUUUGCUGAAGCUUAUCGGAAGCGUAGUAUUUUUGAGACGAUUAUUAACGCGAGGUCGCGUACCGUUGCUGCCGUCGCCAAAACGGACUGUUUACUUACAAAAAUAAGUCUGGCAGCUAAGAUAAUGUGCUUGCAGUAUACUUCGAUACUUCGAUUAUUUUGUGUCUGCCGUCUAAAAAGCGAUUCAAUUAAACAAUGGAGUUCAUCAUCAAAUGAAAAGCAUUGAAAUAAUGCCAAGGCCUUCACGCGAGUCCUACGGUGAUCAGAAACCUCCGUAUUCAUAUAUAUCGCUGACAGCAAUGGCUAUUUGGAGCUCUCCGGAAAAAAUGCUUCCUUUAAGCGAUAUAUAUAAAUUUAUAACCGACAGAUUUCCAUACUAUCGGAAAAAUACCCAACGCUGGCAAAACUCACUGAGGCACAAUUUAAGUUUUAACGAUUGCUUCAUUAAAGUCCCACGACUUCCAGACAGACCUGGAAAGGGCGCCUAUUGGGCUUUACACCCACAAGCAUUUGAUAUGUUUGAAAACGGUAGUUUGCUGCGGCGAAGAAAACGCUUUAAGCUGCAUAAGAGUGAUAAAAAUUUACUGAAUGAAGAAUUGACUGCACUGGCUAACAUCAAUCGAUUUUUCUUUACCGCCCGAUCCGGAAACACCAUACCACAAGUGCCGACGUUGGACAUAAAUAGUACAACUCUGAAUAUGGAGUCUACCACGGGCUUGGUACAGUCUCCUAUUAGUUUAUCAUCAACUAUGGCACAGCAUUGCUCAUUACCACAUGGACAUAAUGCAACGUUCCCACAAUGCAGGCAUAUUUCAUUAGCUGGUGGCGAAAAUACAAAUUUGGCCGAAGUGACACUGCGCAAUCUACGCUCGUCAACAAACCUUGAUAUGGAGGGCAUCAGUAGCUAUCGACCGAAACGGUCUUUUACAAUAGAAAGUCUAAUUACUCCCGAUAAGCCAGAGCAAAUAUCCGAGGAGGAGGAGGAUGACGACGAUCGCGCUGAUAUAGAUGUGGUGGAGUGCGAAAAUUCGUACAGUAAAAUAACUGAUUACCCACGAAGAUCAUCUGCUGAAUGUCUGCCAACAACUGUCUCUACUCGUACUGAAGAUCAACGCCAACGCCCACUACCUCCUCUGCACACAAUAACAGCUUCUGCGCAUUUACCAUUUAUUCAUUAUGCUGCUGGUGUCAACGUAUCUGGCCUGAAUUCCAGCAGCGUCCAGUCGUCAGGGGCUCACACAAUGACUUAUGAUUUGGCUAUGGCUCAUCCGCUAUUGAUGAUGUCCGCACCAAUCGGAAAUCUUAGUAGUAGUUAUUGUAACAAUUUUUCAAUGAUACCACCGCCGCAAGCAUACCGUGGAUCGGAAGCUCAAAAUAGAAUAAGCGCCGGUAUGCGAACAAUAUAAAAGUUAUUUCCUAGUAUAAAUGUAUUUACAUGAGAGAAAAAAAUGUGAGCCACCACACUGUUGAUGUAAAUAAUCAUAGUUCCUUUAAUAAUACUAAUUACAUAAUUAUCAAAUACAAAAUAUAAGCUCCUAUUCCAAACAUGGAAUCAUAAGAAUGGAAAGUUUAAUUUCAUUAACAAUUAAGAGUAUAUGUGUACGAAAUCAUUUUCAUUUUCUUUUUAGGAUCUCUCUUUCUCUGUUUUAGAAAAUUAAAGUUUAUAUAGU